AUAUCUUAGAUCUUUUGUACCAUGUAACCAGUUAAGCAAAGUUAAACCACAAUAUUUCUGCCACGUGCUAUGUUCUAGAAUGCACUGUGAUGGCAUCUUGUCCUCGUGAAAAAACAAGAGAGUAUCACGGGAACCACUUAGCUAAUUCACGAGACGCCAUAAAACUUGAUAGCCAUGUAUAUUCUAUACAUGUGUCUACCUGUGAGAAUGUGAUCACCAUGCAAGAACCAAAACCCAACCACAGAAGUUCAACACAUAGACCACAUAUUUUAUGAUUCUAUGGCCCAGUGACUCCUCCAUUUCCACAACUAAGCGCCCCCUUCGUCCCCACUAAAUCCAGCCCAUUACGCAUAUCUCCUCACAACACUCGUAUAUAGGCAGAAGCAAGCAACAAUAAUCACCAGCCAUCCCCUGCCAACAACAGCAAAAAUCACAAUGAAAAUGGGAGUGCUAGCUCUGUUUCUCUUACUGGCCUUCCUUCCAACCCAAGUUCUCUCUCACAACUUUUCUCGAACACCUGGUGUGCAAGUGCAAACAAACACGCAAAAGCAGCUGGACAACGAAACCAUCUACAGGGUGUCGAAGCAACUUUGCUGGGGUUGCAUUAGCGAGUCUCUAGAGUUUGUAUUUGCGCACAAUCUGAUUCGAGCGGCAAAAUUCGAGUUGCCACUGGCAUGGAACUUCCAGCUCGAGAAGUACGCCAGGUGGUGGGCAGGACAGAGAAAAGGGGAUUGUAAACUGCAACACUCUUUCCCUGAAGACGAUUUUAAGCUGGGGGAGAACAUUUACUGGGGAAGUGGAUCAGCGUGGAGGCCACUGGAUGCAGUGACUGCGUGGGCUAGCGAAGUCAAGUACUACAAAUACGCCACCAACAGCUGCGAGGCUGACCAAAUGUGCGGCCAUUACACGCAGAUCGUUUGGAGAAACACUCAAAGGCUCGGCUGCGCUCGUGUCAUUUGCGACGAUGGGGAUGUCUUCAUGACUUGUAACUACGAUCCCCCUGGCAACUACAUAGGCGAGCGGCCCUACUAAAGAAAAGUAUAAUAAAAAGCCUUUUGGAUGUGCUGUGUUGUUGUUUCGUACAUAUUGAAUAUCAGCGAUUAAUAUAAUUGAAGCAGUCUGUGUGUAAUAUAAUAAUGCAUACUCACAUGGGUUACCUUUAUCAUAUAGUUUAAUUAAAUCA